AUGCUAUAUUCCGUCACUAAUGGCCAAGAGGUGGCUGCAACAAUGGCAGCACUGUAUGUUCUACGUGAAACUGCGUUUUGGUUUUCCCACGAGUUUGUCCCCGUGAACUUGCGAAAUAUUUUACGUAAAACUGUGGAAUCUGUGGAGAUAACCUUAUCUCAACAGCAAAUGCAACGUAUCCAAGGUGCUGUUUCUACGGAAAAUGCACUGGAGCGCUAUUGGAAACGUAAUACUUCUGUGGAAAAUAUAUCGUUUAUGGAGAUUUGUGAAAAUUACGAAUACUCCGAGAUCCCUGAUAUUACAUCUGAUUUGGACAAUGACCAGAGCGACUUUUACUACACUGCGGUCCUGACGUUAUUCAAACCUCAUAGGAAAAAUACGCUGUUAACGGAAAAUCUCUCGUUACUAGGAAACUACAAGGCCUUCAUUGAGUCGGGUGAUCAGAGGCUAGUGCGAAUGCUGCUAAAGUACGAGGCCCAGUGGCAAGACUUUCAUCACUCGAAAAGAAAUAAUGACGUUGAAGAAGAAUCGCUGGAAGAAGAACUAUUGCGAACCAGGGCUCCUCCCUCGUCAUCGUGGAUUCCAAGUGGGAAUCAGGCAAGCACAAAUGAUGACAUUGGCAUCGAAACUGCAACCGAUAUUCCGUACGAAUUUCUUGAUGUCACUGAUAUCGCCACACCCCAUUCAUCAACAACAAAGUUGUGUGAGGAUGCUGUCAAAACUGUUGGAGCUGCUAAGAAUCUUGCUGCAGCAAUUGCUACUGCAAGUACGAUGUACAGUACAACACCGCACAUAUUGCUUCCUGCAGGAUUCACAACAGACAACUAUGCGUCUCAAAUCAUUAAAAAAAUCUGA